AUGUCUCUUGCUAAUAUCGUUAUAGUUUUCUUGUGUGUAGGCUUUAGCUAUGGAGACGUCUACGACUGUUAUACGGGUGACCUUGUAUCUGCAGAACGAUUGAGUUUCUAUGAAGAAGAAGGUGUAACUGACACUUGUACUGUCGACAUUCAACCUUGCUCUGCAGAUGAACCAAGGAGAGUUGAUGGAUCAUGUGAUCAUCAUCAUCGUCAUCGUCAUCGUGUAAGUCUGAAGAACCCUGCGAAGGGUACUUAUUUUUCACCCAUGAAAAGAGUACUGCCUGCAAAUUAUCAUAAUGGUUCCUUCUCAAGACUUGCACAAUCCGGUGCUGAACUGCCUCUGGCUAGAACGGUCCGUCUGAACGUGCUUAAAGAGGGAAAAUCACCCAAUUUGAUUUUCAAUCAUCACUUGACGGGCUUCGGAAUAUUCUCAUUCAGUGAUGUUGGAUCAGUUCACAAUAUUGAAAACAUGUUACUUAGGACCACAUACUGCUGUGAGGAAGAACAUUGGAAUGACUACGAAUGUACGCCGAACCUGUUGACUGCUGAUGACCCUGUGCACAAGUUCUCAGGCAUCAAAUGCAUGAACAGCACAAGACCUCUCACUUACCGGGACUACAAGUGCACUGACGACGCGGAAUCUGCUAAUUUGAAAAAAGCCACUUCACCCUUCGAUUUGUCCCAAAUAUACAAUGCAUACAACAAGGGUGACCAAGUGAUCAGAUCUUUUGUCAAAGGACAAUUGACAGUAGAAGAAGGUGAUGGCCACAUUUACCCACCAAGCAGUCCAGAAGCACUUUGUCCACUCAAUUCAGGCAAUGAAACCAGAUGUUUCAAAAACUACAUUAACAAUUUGACGCCGAUCACCCUUUACGUGAUCUGGUUUGUGCGUCACCACAACUUCUUGGCCAGCAAGCUAGCUGAACUCAACCCAUGCUGGAGUGACGAGAAAUUAUUUAAUGUUGCUAGAAACAUGAACAUUGCUUAUUACCAACAAGUGAUGUUGUACGAAUGGUUGUCAGCACUAGAAGGUCGCAGUAAUCUCAUUAAGGCUGGUAUUAUAAACAAGUACGACGGAUUCAGAGACUUGUACGAUGAGGACGAGGAUCCUGAAGUGACAUUGGAAUUUACUUUCUGCUUGCGGUGGUUCCAUUUGAUGCAGUCUAUUACUGCUAAGUUCUACGACAGGUAUGGUAAUUAUAUCAAGGAUUACCCACUACUGAAGACUACAUUCCGUACUGGAUUCCUUGCACAAGGUGAUAAUAUUGAGUACUUUACCCAGAGUAUGAUGAGAGAUGGAUGCCGUGCUUAUGAUAGCUCCAUUGAACAUGACUUUGCCAAUGACGCCUUGCCUGGUGUGCAAAGGAGCCUUGACGUCGCAGCUGGAGAUAUAAAUAAAGGUCGCAAUCUUGGAGUGGCUCCUUACGUCGACUAUGUGAAACACUUCACAGGCAUUGAAAUCAAUUGCUUCGACGAUUUGGCUGCUUUCAUACCAGUAGCUAAAAUUGAAGUGUUGAAAAGUUUGUUCGGAGAUGUGAAAGACAUAGACUUAAUAGUUGGUCUCUGGGUAGAGGAGCCGAUGAAAGGGGGUCACAUUCCUCUCACCUUCGCCAAUAUCAUUAAUGAUAAUAUGAUGAGGUCUUUGAAGAGUGACAGACAUUGGUUCGAGAGAUUAAACAGGCCUGAUGCCUUUACUCGGGCUCAACUUAAGGAGAUCAGGAAAGCUUCAAUAGCUCGUUUAUUGUGUGAUGUAGGUGAUGGCAUCUCCGAAGUGCCCAGAAACGCCAUCUACAACAUUUCUCCUGAGAACCCACUGGUGAGUUGUGACAAAAUUAAAGGCAUCAACUUCAGUGCCUGGGCCGACAACACUAGUAAGAGCAGUUAAAUAAAGUAGCUUUCGAAUGGUCAGAUAAAUCCAAUAUUUUUUUGUUUUAUUGUUGUGGUUUUGUUCCUCACACUUAUUCAUUUAUUAGUUAUUUUUUAUCUUUUCAAUAAAGUUGUUAUUCAAGACAAUCCCUUUGUUUUUUUAUUGUAUUAUGACCUUUUAAGGAAUAGUC